AUGGCCGAUCAGGGUGAGCAAUGCGAGAAGUCUUGUAUUCUACAUAACAUCUUAGACGUCCUGAUAGGAAGCCGGCAGAGUGUCGCUAUCAGGAGGGAGCUAAUACUUAUCUGUGAGUUGAUACAGAAUGGCAAUAAAGGGCCGCUGGAUGUAUUCCAAACAGGAAGUAGAACAGAGGGACUGAUCAUGAAAGGUUCCGAUAUGGACUUGAUGUUUAUUGAUAAAAGAGCGAGGGUAACGUUUCCCGGUCAGGGCGGAUAUAUUCCACCAGAUUCCACCGUUUUAGUGGCAAGGAGGGCUGACUGCAGACCUGGUUAUGUUUCUCUUGAGCUUGCAAAACUAGGACAGUUCAACGGUCACGAUUUCUUGGAAUCUAUCGUUUCUGUGAGGGAUGCACAUUUCAUAUCAAGUGAAAUUUUUAAUCGCUCAAAAGAAGAAAGAGCACAAAAAAGUCUCGAGCUAAACAUGGAAUCUCAUGGGCCAGCUACUACACUUAACAAUCUACACAGCAACUAUGGGAGUGAUGUGGAUUUUGCGUAUUCAUUCCCUUGCAACAGUUGGCCAAAGGAAGCCAUUGAGUGGGUGAGUAGACCUCGUUUCUAUGGUUGGCCAUCUGAAGUUUUGAGGGAAGAGAUCGUAAAAGGUGGAUGCCAUGUUGUCCCUGUAGGGGACAAAACAGCAGCAGACACAUUUCUCCAAUGGAGGAUAUCAUUUACGACAGCGGAAAGAAAACUCGUUCAUUCUUUCAAUCAUGUCCAAUUUUUAGUAUACGGACUUCUCAAAUACUUACUCAAACAAAUUUCUAGCAUGUUUCAACAGAUAAUGGGAGAUGGUGACAUCAUAUCAUCCUAUAUCAUGAAAACACUUAUGUUUUACACAAUAGAAAAUACACCCCAUUCAUUGUGGCAAGAACAAAACACUUUUCUUUGUUUUAUGAUUUGCUUCAAGACGAUGAUAACAUUGGUGAAAGCAGGAUAUUGGCCUAAUUACUUUAUCACCAGAAACAAUAUGUUCCUUGGGAAAGUUCACGGUGAAAAUCAACACAAGCUGCUAUGUUUUCUUGUUGAACUCUACUCUAUGAAAUGGAAGUGUCUUUCGGUGGGAACUGUUAUACAACCAUCUAUAGGAGAGUCUAUGCAAAAAGUUUUAAAUGGCGCAAGGGGAGAAUGGAUACUCCCACCAAAUUACCCCGAAGUUGAAAACGAUUUGAAGGUAUUCGAACAUACCUUUGCAUAUGUCACUUGUUCUGCAAAACUCAACGUAUCAUUGAAACUACUGUCUAAAUCAAAGUCAGACAUGGAGGAAUUCAUAGCUUACUUCCAUACCACGAACGCACUGUCUCAUACAGGAGUGAACAUUUUUGGGAAACACAUCGCUGGUAAAGGAAACAAAGAGAAGUACAAAAUUCUUAGGAAAUCUAAAAACUUCUUGAAACCACAAGCGUCGGUGUGUAGAAGUCCAGGACUAUUAGUGUUGGCAACAUAUCAUUACCAGACAGGAAACUACAGGAAAGCAUUAGAAAUGUGUGGGAAUGUGAUUUCGUCAUUCAACAUGUUUGUUGUUGGAAACAUCAAUUACAGAAACAUAGACGAGUAUGGACGCCUUUUCAGUGGACGUGGAUACACUCUAUUAUACAAGUGUAUGAAGGCAUGUGCAUCUAUUGUCUACUUCAGAAAACCUGCUUCAUUGUUUUGUCCAUCACAGUUGCACCCUGAGUUAACAAAAGAUUGUCUGAGGAUACCUCCACUUCCCUAUGCCGUAUUUCUGUCCGUCCUGUGUUAUCAUGAACUUUGGGACACCAGGAGACGUGACACGGCAAUGGCUCAACUUGAGACAGUAAAAUAUGACAAGGAACAGGGAGGUGGAGAAUACUGGAUUGUCCAUAAUCUCUUAGGGAUCUGCUAUGAGAUGGUCGGAGACACACGCAGGGCUACCAGGGAAUACAAGGACUCCCUCAGUGCUUCGAAAGUAGAUCAGCGCCGAAAUCCAGCCAUGCAAAGAAAAGAAAGCUUACAAUAUUUGAGAUAA